GUCGAAUCCAGGAACACAUAUCCUCUCAGCCGCCGAUUCCUGUUAGAAAAAAUGGAUGGUUCUAGCAGAGGCAACAGUGGUGUGGAUAUGAUUUUACCAAAUUACAAGCUUGGAAAAACUCUUGGUAUCGGGUCCUUUGGCAAGGUGAAAAUUGCUGAGCAUGCACUGACUGGGCAUAAAGUCGCUAUCAAGAUUCUUAACCGUCGCAAGAUUAAGAGCAUGGAAAUGGAAGAGAAAGUUAGAAGAGAGAUCAAAAUUUUGAGAUUGUUUAUGCAUCCUCAUAUUAUACGACUUUAUGAGGUGAUAGAGACCUCUAGUGACAUCUAUGUUGUUAUGGAAUAUGUAAAAUCUGGGGAACUCUUUGAUUACAUUGUUGAAAAGGGUAGGCUGCAGGAAGAUGAAGCUCGUAAUUUCUUUCAGCAGAUUAUUUCUGGAGUUGAGUACUGCCACAGAAAUAUGGUGGUUCAUCGAGACCUUAAGCCUGAGAACUUGCUUCUAGAUUCUAAGUGUAAUGUGAAGAUUGCGGAUUUUGGCUUGAGCAACAUAAUGCGAGAUGGUCAUUUUCUGAAAACAAGUUGUGGAAGCCCAAAUUAUGCUGCACCAGAGGUUAUUUCUGGGAAGUUAUAUGCUGGGCCUGAAGUUGAUGUAUGGAGCUGUGGUGUCAUAUUGUAUGCUCUUCUUUGUGGUACCCUUCCUUUUGAUGAUGAAAACAUUCCCAACCUUUUCAAGAAAAUUAAGGGUGGAAUAUACACUCUUCCGAGCCAUUUAUCAUCAGGUGCUAGAGAUUUGAUCCCAAGGAUGCUUGUUGUUGACCCAAUGAAGAGGGUCACCAUUCCUGAGAUCCGUCAGCAUGCAUGGUUUCAAGCACACCUUCCACGGUAUUUAGCUGUUCCACCACCAGAUACAAUGCAACAGGCAAAAAAGAUUGAUGAGGAGAUUCUUCAGGAAGUAGUUAAGAUGGGAUUUGACAGGAAUCACCUCAUUGAGUCACUUCGCAACAGAAUACAAGAUGAGGCAACUGUUGCAUACUACUUGUUAUUGGACAAUCGGUUCCGGGUCUCCAGUGGCUAUCUUGGAGCAGAAUUUCAAGAGGCAAUGGAUGGUGGUUUUAACCGUAUGCAUCCAAGUGACCCAGUGCCUCCAGCUGUUGCGAGCCGUCUGACAGGAUAUAUGGAUUACCCAGGAUUGACACAAUUGGGCUUAAGAGGACAGUAUCCUAUCGAGAGGAAAUGGGCUCUUGGACUUCAGUCUCGAGCACAUCCUCGUGAAAUUAUUACAGAAGUUCUUAAAGCUCUGCAAGAAUUGAACGUGUGCUGGAAGAAGAUAGGGCACUACAACAUGAAGUGCAGGUGGAUUCCUGGCAUCCCUGGUCACCAUGAAGGCAUGGUUAACAAUCCUGUGCACAGUAAUCCUUACUUUGGGGAUGAAUCAAGCAUUAUCGAGAAUGAUGGGAUUAUUCAGUCACCAAAUGUCAUCAAGUUUGAACUGCAGCUUUAUAAAACUCGUGAUGAGAAGUAUCUACUGGAUCUCCAAAGGGUUCAAGGACCACAGUUUCUCUUCUUAGACCUUUGUGCCGCAUUCCUGGCGCAGCUCCGGGUCCUUUGAAAUAUGAGGUCUAUCCUUCCAAGAAGGCUGUUUGAUGUGUGUUCAUAUUGAGACAUACAGUGUAUAUAUUGCUGUUUAGUCUUACUUGAUCGCCACUGCCUUUAUAAUAUCCCUCCGUUUUAGAUGGGUAUUUGAUGUUUGGAGCCAAUCUAAAGGAUCUAGACUGGGAUUGUGCAAGGCACUAUUAGCACAGUCCAGGUUCUGACACACUUUGAUUUCCUCCCAAGCCCUAACUGAGCAGAAUUUGCAUGAGAAUCACCAUAUGCAUACUUAGCAGUGAUCUCAUUUUAGCUUCACCUGAGACUUCAUUCUCAAGAUACACUUCUUCUUGUUAAGCAUUUUAUCAUUACACCUCUAAUCCUAUUUAUUUGACUGUAUUUUUUUUUUUAUCAACAAACAAAAACUAUUUAUUAUU